AUGCGGCCACGGCCUCGGUUCGUUGUGGUGUGCGGCGACCUGGUGCACGCCUACCCGUGGGAGAAGCCAGCCUACGACCGCCAGGUGCGAGAUUUCAAGCGGGUGAUGCGCAAGAUCGACCCGUCGAUACCACUCGUGUGCCUGUGCGGCAAUCACGACGUGGGGAACACGCCAACACGGGCCACCAUCUACAGCUACAAGGAGCGGUUCGGGGAUGACUACUUCCGCUUCUGGGUGGGCGGGGCAUUGGAGGAAUACGAAGAGCAGCGGGCGUGGUUCGUGCAGGAGCUGCAAGCCUUCUCCCGAGACCGAGAACGUACCCAGGCCAAGCAUUUGCUUGUGUUCCAGCACCAGCCGUGGUUCCUGGAGGAGCCAGACGAGGAGGACCAGUACUUCAACAUUCCCAAGGAGAGACGAAUGCCGAUGCUCGAGGAGAUGGCCAAAGCAGGCGUGCGUGCCGUGUUUGCGGGCCACUACCACCGCAACUCGUACGGCACUCUGGGGAAGAUGGAAAUGAUCACUACGUCUGCUGUGGGACGCCCAUUGGGCGUCGACCCUUCGGGCUUCAGGGUGGUCAAAGUGAGCGAGGACGGCAUCGAGCAUGCCUACUACAGCCUGGACCGCCUCGAGCAGAGUGACACUCCAGAAUUCGAAGGCGCGCUCAGCUUCGCCCCAGGCCGAGCGAGCUCCGCGGAGGACAGUUUUUAG